UGAGAUGUUAAAAAUUUGACAUAUAUUUCCUUCUCUCGUAAUUUUGCUUUAAUUUUACUAAUAUGUAAAAUAGAUUUACGCUUAGGCAUAAACUUGAAAGUAAUUUGGACAAUUUUAAAAAAUAUGCGAUAAACGGAGGUGAUUUAUUUUGUGGUUUUCUUUGCUCUACAUUAGAUUUUGUGACUUAUGAUUUGUGUGUUUUAAGAGGUUAUGUUAAUUUGUUUAACAAGUGCUGAGUCUCAGUUUUCGCAACGCAAUUUUAGACAUUUAAUCAACAAUGUCGGUGUUAGGGCGACCGUUUAUAUCACGUUUUUGUGUCACGUGUAUUAAAAAGUCAAUGCCUUCGGUUGCCACGGCCAGAUUCAGCGGAAAACUGGCUCACAAUAAUAAGGAUGUCGAAGAUUCUUUGACGGCCAUUCCGGAGCCAAUACCGGGUAUGAUACAAUCUGCAGUUCUUAAAAAAUAUAGUGCUCCUCUUGUUAUUGAAAAUAUACCAGCCCCUAAGAAUCUUAAACCUAAUGAGGUACUUAUCGACGUAAAUUAUUGUGCCUGUAACGGUCCAGACGUACUUCUCAGUGAAAACUCGUACAAGUCUGAACUCAACCCACCUCUUGUUCUUGGAUUCGAACUAGCUGGAAAGCUUAUUCAAGUCGGACCAGAGGCUGAGAAAACUGGCUACAAAGUCGGUGACAAAGUGGUUGCUUUAAAUAAAGAACGCUUUAGUGGUUUUGCCGAGCAAUGUGUAGUCGAAGUCGGCGAUAUUUGGAAAUUACCAUCUUCGGUGAAAUCGAUAGACGCUGUUACUCUACUCGCAAAUUACAUGACUGCUUUAAUAGGGUUCGAAAAUUGUGGAGCCCUGGAAGAACAUGAUACAACUUUGAUUAAUGUUGGAUUAAGAGGCGCUGGUCUUGCUGCAGUCGAUGUUGCUACAAAUGUUUAUAGAGCCAAGGCGAUUGCAAUUUGUGCUAGUGAAGAAACAGCGACUAUGGUUAGAGAAGAAAAAGGAGCUUUCGCUGCAUUUAAGUACAGCGAGAAAAAAUUGAUUAAGCAGAUUGAAGAGAUCGCUGGUGAAUUAGAUAUCAAAGGCAUCUUUGAGGGGGACGAUGGUGAACGUUUCAAAAAAAUGUUAAACUGCUUUACCAAUAUUUAUCAAACCAAAACACUAUCAAAAGAUAUGUUGAGAGAUGAUAAUUUUGCAACUGUAGUCCAGUACUUAUCACGCGAAGGAAAGGUAGUCAUUGCUGGUAUUGCCGAAACGAAAGACGAAUCGCAGGCUGAUAAUAAGGAGAGUGGUUUCAGCGUCACGGGAAUCAACCUUCGAGAGUAUAGGAAGAAUAACCGUGAAUUAUAUCGCCAAGCUGGCGAGGACGCCCUAUCAUACUUCGAAGAGGGACUUAUCAAGCCAUCAUGCUCGUUAAUAGCUGGUCUUUACAAAAUUAAUGACGCGAUGAAGGCAGUUAUUGAUAAGAAAUCUUGUGGAAAGGUUGUGAUUGACCUGAAAGACAAAGAUGCCAAACUCGUUACCAAAACAUGAGAUCAGCAUUGACGAUCUAUUCACUUCCACAGUGUAAUUGUGGCUACCGACGAUCUGGUAGGAAAUGAGAUCUAAACCAGAGAAAGAAGAGAAAAAAUGUUAUUAGGUUUAAGAAAAGACAACUCAAAUUAUAAUACAAUUUUUGUAUAAAUAAAAUACGAUUAUAAAACAUAA